AUGAUGUCUGGUGGAAAGAAACGAAAAGUAGAUACAGAGGGUCGCCAGUUUCAAGAAAAAUGGACUGAAGAAUUCUUUUUUAUCUUGCACAAUGGUAAGCCUAUUUGUUUGCUUUGUAAUGAAUCCAUUUCAGUAAUGGAUUCAGAAUUCAAUAUAAAGAGGCAUUACUCAACUAAGCAUGCUACACUACACUCACUGACAGGACAAUUAAGAACAGACAUAAUCCAGAAGCUCAGAGCAAAUAUUGAAAAACAGCAACAAAUGUUUCAUAAACAAAGAACACAACUUGAUAAUGUUGUGAAAGCUAGUUCUAUAGUUAGCUCAAAAUUGGCAAAGGCAUUAAAACCAUUUGCCGAAGGAGUAUUUAUCAAGGAGUGUAUAUUAGAAGUUUGCGGUGUUUUGUGUCCUGAAAAGAAAAAUGAAUUUGAAAAAAUUAGUUUGUCAAGACGAACUAUUGUUCGACGUAUAGAAAUGAUGGCUAAUGAUAUAAAAAGAACAUUGACUGACCGUAUGGCUGGUUUUGAAUCAUUUUCCAUAGCAUUAGACGAGAGCACCGAUUUGUCUAACACAGCUCAACUGGCUAUAUUUAUUCGAGGUAUUGAUAAGGAGUUCACUGUUACUGAGGAAUUGCUAGCUUUGCAGCCGCUAAAAGCAACCACUACAGGAGAGGAUAUUUUUAAUGAAGUUCAAAAGGUAUUCACAAGUUUUGGCCUGCGUAAAAAGAUGAUUUGA